GUAAAUUGAAAAUAAGAUAACAGUCGUUAGUGACGCAAACCUUGCUUCUUCGAAGGACCCCGUUUCCCAACUUGCCGAAUGAUUGCUAGUCUGUAAAUUUGUGCACAUAGUGCGCGGCAGAUUGCGCUUAGGCAAAUGUCGAACAUAACUGCAAGGCAGACGCUGACCCGCGAUGUCCAAAGCGUCGACGCGCUCGUUCGGCAAGCAUGCAAGGCGGAGGCGAAUGCGACAUUACUGCUAGGCACUGGGCUGCUAAAUCUGACGGCCGUCGACGACAAGGACACGGUGGUUGGGUACCUAAGCCUGGAUGACGUGUCAUGCACGCGGCUGGGGUCAGGCGGGCCGGGCGCGGAUACCUGGGUACAACAGGCGGCGGCCUCCCGCUUCAAACUGGGCAGCACAGCCUUCGUGCGUGUGUGCGCCACCGCGCACCUGUCGGAGAUUGAGGCGUCGGCGGCGCUGCUGCGGACCGCCUUCCUGCACAUGCCCUCGCUGCAGACGCUGCUCAUGGUGGCGGGCGGCGAGCUGUCGUUCACAGAGCCAGGCUUGGCGGCGGUGUUCAGCCGCGUGGGCGCGCACAAGGAGAGCGGCGCGGUGCUAUACGAGGCGGGCCGCGACGCGGUGGUGCCGCCGCUGGCCAUCCGGCCCGCCCGCGUGGAGGACCACGACGACAUGCUGCCCAUCCUGCAGCGCUGCGAGGUGGCCUUCCCGGCGCUGGCCAAGCUACCGGAGGCCAGCCGCCCGCACGAGCCGUUUGCGCUGACGCGCGUGGUGGCGGGGCAGGACGAGCGCAACCGGGUGCUGGUGGCUGAGGCGGAGGGGCGGCUGGUGGGCUUCAUCGUCAUGACCAGCGACGUGGACACGGGCAGCCUGGCGGAGACGUUCGACCUGCACGCGUACGACAACUUCUUGCCGCCCGAGGUGUACGAGCAGCAGUACGAGGCGGCGCGCGACAGCGUGCGCGGCCAGAAGCUGGCGAUGCUACGGCACCAGCGGCAGCAGGAGAAGGAGGCGGAGGGCGAGGGUGCUGGAGAGGCCGGCGGCCAGGGCGGGAAUGGCGGCGUGUCGGCGGGUAUGCAGACGGACCCGGAGCAGGGCGAGGACGGGGAGGGAGCGGCCGAGGGCGAGGGCGAGGGCGCGGGAGAGGGUGCGGGAGAGGGCGGUGCCGCCGCUCCUGGCACUGGCGCCGACAAGGCGGACGACUCGGAGGAGGCGGAGGCGCAGCUGCUGGCGGCGGCGGAGCCGACGGAUGAGGAGACGCGCGCAGAGAUGCUGGCCAUGUUUGCCGGCCAGGCCCCGCCAGCCGACCCCACGCUGUUCGCCGUCACCAUGCUCUGCAUGGACCCCGCCUUUGAGGCGCAGGCCAUUGAGUUCCUCACGCCCGCCUUCGCCGCCUACACCGACAAGCUGUACUGCGUGGUCACGCUGCCGCACGACAGCCGCGAGCCGGCGCUCAUGGGCACCAUGACACGCGUGGCGCCAAACCCUGGCAGCCUCUUCCCCGAGGUGCUGUUCAUGUUCCACCGCCACGCGCUCAUCCCCGACUUCGCGGUGCGACUGGGCGAGCCCGGCGACCUGGACGCCGUCGCGUCGCUGGUUGCCGGCAUGCCCAACGCCGACGACAUCGUCGCCUCCUUCAGCGGCGCCGCCGCCGCCGGCAGCGCCGCCGUGGCGCUGUGCCAGGGCGAGCUGGUUGGCCUUGUCACCGUCAACCCGGAGGUGGACCUGGAGCUGCUACAGGCCAACUUCGGGCUCUCCAAUCACGUGGACCUCGGCUACCAGCCGCGCGAGCAGCACGGCGAGAUCGACAUGUACACCAUGAACCCCAUCUUCGUGCACCGGCACCGCACCUUGGUGGCCGCCACCAUGCGGCUGCUGGGCAAGACGGCGCUCUACUACGCGCUGCCGCCGGGGCAGCAGCCGCCCGACAUGCUGGAGGUGCUGGAGCAGGUGGCGCCGCGGCACCGCACCGCCAGCGACAAGCAGCUGCAGGCGGAGUUCGCGCUGUACGUGUUCACGCGGCAGGCGGCCUUCAAGAGGCGGCGGUCGGUCAACUCGCAGAUCGUGGUGGUAGGUGCCAGCGAGUGCGGCCUGGCGGUGGUGGAGCGGCUGCUGCUGGACCCCGAGCUGCAGUUCAACUACCUCACACUGCUGGCGCCAGGCGGCAUCAAGGUGGGCGGCAUGGCCUGCCAGUUCACCGCCGGCGUCAUCGCGCGCCUGGGCCUGGAGGCGCGCGUGAUGCUGCUGGACGCCGAGGUCAUUGGCCUGGAUCGCGGAUCCAAGCUGCUGGAUCUCAGCGACGGCAGCCAGAUCUUCUACAACCAGCUGGUCCUAGCGGCGGGGCUGCAGGACCAGAGCCGCUACCGCUUUGCAGAGGCGGAUCCCGAGGUUGCGGGGCUGCUGGUGACAGAACUGGAGCUGGCGGCGGACUUCAGCAUGAACGAUGCCAUGGUGAUGAACAGCAUACUGGUGUAUGGGAAUGCGAUGGGCGCGUACCAUUCGCUGGCGGUGUUGGAGGCCAAGGGCGCGGGCGAGAAGACGCGGUUCGUGGCGCCGCCGGGGCAGCAGCCGCCCCUGGUGGGCGUGUUGCACGCGCUGGCGGGCGAGGCGGGCGUGGCGCUGCCCAGCCCCGAGCCGCGCGACCUGGCGGGGCUGUCGGUUGUGCAGCCGGUGGGGCCGGAGCUGCACGCCAGCGCCACGCUGAUAGACCCGGCUGACCCCGGGCCGCGGGAGGAGCUGCCCGUGGACCUGGUGGUGGGCUGCGAGCCGCCCUCCGUGUCGCGCUCGCUCUUCACCUGCCUCAACGACGCCUCGCUGGUCUUCGACGGCCGCCUGGUCGUGGACGGCGCCUUCCGCACCAACGACCCAGCCAUAUACGCCGGCGGCUCCCUCGCCAAGCUAUCGCGGCGCUACGGCGGCACCCACCUGGAGCACUACAACAGUCGCGACGUCGGCUCCCGCCUCGCUUCCAGUCUUGUCUCCUUCUUCAACGCCGGACCAGACGAGCCGCAGCCCGCCGCGACGGCGGCGGCUCCGCCGCCGGCGCUGCACCGCGCGCGCGCGGUGGGCUGCUCGCUGCCCGGCGGGAACUACUUUGUUUACGCGGGCUGCCCCGCGGCGCUGCAGCGGCCCUCCACGGCGGCGCCGGAGGGCGGCUACGAGAUGAAGACGGCGUCGGAGCGCGGGCUCACGCGCAUCACGCUGGACGGCGAGGGGCGUGUGCACAGCCUGAUGUAUCUGGGGCGGGUGGCGGUGAACGCGCCGCGGCUGGGGUCGCUGGUAGGGCUGCAUGCCAACUACCUGAACAGCCUGGCGCCCAAGUACCAGGCCGGAGACAUCAAGUGCCUGCUGUCCUUCAUCACAGAGCCCUGGAGCGAGUUGCUGUACAACGAGUCCUUCCCGGAGUUGCGUGAGACGCUGCUGGAGGUGGCGCUGGCGGAGCUGUCGGCUGGCGGGCGCGAGGUGGACGGCGGCAUGGUGGAGUGGGUGACGCACGCGCAGGACGCGGUGCUGGAGUUUGCGCGCGCACACGCGGCAGAGCUGCCUGGGUACACCAUGCCCUCUGCGGCUCGGACGUAGUUGUGGUGAAGUGGUGGUGCCAGUUUGCAGUGCGGCAGUGUGUCGGGCAUGGUGCGGGGACCGUCGGUUGCUUGGAGGGAAGUCUCAAGGCAGCUGGCAAGCAACUUGUUCGAGUGGGUUUGGUGCAGGGUGUUGGGAACUUAAGGCAGGUUACAAUUGGUACGUGGGUCAGGUGGUGACAUGGCACUGCAGAAGUGCCCCGUCUGGCUGGGCUUGGGGAUCGCAAACGCCAGUCAUGGACUGACUAUGAAGUGUAAGGCAUGCUACCCAUUUUGAUAAUGCGGUUGUCGACGCACCCGGCGCAGUGCGCUGCCGCUCGACCGCUGGAGGGGUCGCCGCAGCACCGUGCCUGCAGCACCACGCCGCGCCGCGCAUCAGGCACGCCGGGCGCAGUUGGGAGUUGAGGCAGGGCUCGUAUCUUGAUCUUUCUGGAAGAAAAUGGCCCCCAAUCCGACCCUCUGAGAGACACCGGGCCAGUGCUCGUAUCUUCCAUCUACGUUGUAGAAAUUUGCCCCA